AUGCCUAGACAUGAAGAUGUAACCAGCUUUUUGCAGCAGUCAGCAUCACCUUUUGACCAUCGUGCGGUGUCUAAAUUCCUGAAGAUCAGGCCAAAGAUUCUGGGGGUUUUGGAAAUAUCAAUAAGUAUAGCGAUGUUAAUCUUAACAAUCUGGACAGGAUUUUUAUAUCUCCUCUGGUCAUGUUUAAUUUCGAUUUUAACUGGAUCUGUGACGGUGUCAGCUGCAUGUACACGUAACACAUGUUGGGUCAGAAUCUCACAAUUUCUAAACUGUUUCAAUGCCAUAGCAGCUGCUGUCUCCAUCCCAUUUCACUGUCUUGACAGUGAUGGUGUGACUCUAAUUCUCUUGGUUUUCUGUGAUGUUCUGGUCUUCAUCAUCUCUGUUAUUGUUGCCUCGUCUUCCUGUGACUGCUGCAGGAUGAAGUCAAGGCAUGUUGCAGUCAGUUACAUAAACAGAGAUGUGCCUUACAGGACUGACAACAAUAUUGGGCUUCAGGGCCAACAAGGCCCUUUUGCACCUCCGCCAAACUAUGACCCAAGUCCUUUAGAACCUCCACCGAAAUACGAUCUGUAUCGUUCUGCACCUCUAGCAAACUACAACCCAAGUCCUUUAGCAACACCUCCAAACGACGAUCCAAGUUUUUUCUGCACCUUCACCAAAAUGCAAUCAUUUCUUCAGCCUCUUUGGGCUGCGAUGGUCCUUGUGGCCUGUGAUAUUCUUAUAUGCAUCCUCUCUGCAAUUGUCUCUUCAACCACCAACUGUAGAUGCUGUGAUUGCUGCAGAUCAUCGGAAACGACUUAUCCAGAGCAAAGAGUGGCUCGCCGGCAAAACGACAUUCAGUUUUAUGACAGAGCCAGAUCUACUGUGAUUGUACCCGACUUUGCUGCACUGCCAACAGUUUACAAUUCAGUCCGAUAUGUACUGUCAUCAGAACACGGUCCAGCCAGACUGUGA